UUUUUCUACAGUCACUCAAGGGAGAAUAGCUACGAGACAAUACGAGUGUUGAUGUGACAAAGAUGGCGUCAUCUGUGAGGCAAUGACUCAGGGCCGUCCGGAACAGCCGGCCCUCUCAUGUCAGAGGCAUGGCUUCACGACAUAUAUUAGUACUAAUUUUUGACGUUGUCCCAACUACAACACAUAAUCCAAGUCUUCAGAUACUUCGUUACCAACCAAUCCACUAUACCCUAGUUGGCGCACACGAUCCUCGCCUACAACCAGCAUGGACGAACAAUGGAAAGCUCCAGACAUUUCGUCUAGACCGGUGGCUGUUCUAGGAGGAGGAGUCCUCGGUCGAAGAAUUGCGUGUUCUUGGGUAGCUGCAGGGUACGAGGUUAUCCUUUGCGAUCUCAACAAAGAGCAAAGGAACGCCGCAACUCACUACGUCGAGCACACCAUUGAAGAAUAUUCAAAACUUACGGGAAACACACGAAAACAUGCCAAAUUCACCGCCGUUGAAGCUAUGGAGGUGGCCGUCAAGAAUGCCUGGUUGGUGGUCGAGGCGUUACCGGAGAAACUGGAUCUGAAGAUUUCUAUGAUGGGGCAACUCGAUCAGCAUGCUCCACAUGAUUGCAUAUUAGCCUCCAAUUCAUCAUCCUACAAGUCACGGCUCAUGCUGGACAACGUAGAGCCCGGAAGACGACAACGCGUCUGCAACAUACACUACUACAUGCCACCCGGAAACAACACCGUGGAGCUCAUGACUUGUGGUGAGACGCAAGAGGAUGUUCUUCCCUUCUUGAAAAGCAAACUCGCAGAUGCAGGAAUGACCCCGGCCAUUGCGCGCAAAGAAUCCACUGGGUUCAUAUUCAAUCGAUUAUGGGCAGCAAUCAAGAGGGAAACCUUACUCAUCUUGGCUGAAGGUGUAUCGGAGCCCAGAGAAAUCGACAAACUCUUCCUGACCAUGUUCAAGGAUAACCCACAAGGACCUUGCGGUAUGAUGGACGCAGUGGGUUUGGACACGGUAGCUUUCAUCGAGGACAACUACGUCCAAGAGCGGCACUCAGAUCCGACAGCACGGGAUUGGGUUCGAAAGAACUUUGUAGACGAAGGCAAACUCGGUGCAAAGUCUGGUAAAGGCGGUCUCUACCCUGCAGGUGAAACUACAAAGAGCUCAAAAGACGAAAGCGGGCAUCACGACAACCUUGCUGCGCCUAGACUUUAUUUCCUGGAUCUCGGCAUGGGUAGCGACGCUGUUGACUUGCAAAAGGCUGCCACCUCGGGAAAGGUUAUGACUGCAUCUGCAGAUGGUAGCAAUGUGCGUGAGAUUGUUGGCGGCCAGUCCAUGCCAGAUGGCAUCGAUGUGUCCAUCUCCAGCGGCAAACUCUUCUGGACCAACAUGGGAAAAUCGCCAGCUGCGAACAACGGCAGUGUUAUGGCCGCAAACCUUGACGGGACUAGUGUGGAAACUAUCAUUCCAGAGGGUGAAGUCCACACGCCGAAGCAGAUCAAGAUCGACCACGAAAACGAGAAGCUGUACUUCUGUGAUCGUGAAGGCAUGCGCAUCCACCGCAGCAACUUCGACGGUAGCAAUCACGAGAUUGUCAUGCAAACAGGCGACGCCAAGACAAACGACAUCGAGGAUCAGAUGAAGUGGUGUGUCGGUAUCGCCAUCGAUGCGAAAGCCGGCAAAUUCUACUGGACACAGAAAGGGCCGUCAAAGGCAGGUAAAGGCCGUAUCUUCAGAGCGAACAUACAAACACCAGAGGGCGAGACAGCUUCUACUCGCUCAGACAUCGAAGUGCUCUUCGAACACUUACCUGAGCCCAUUGAUCUCGAAUUCGACUCGGACAGUCAGACGUUGUAUUGGACAGACCGAGGCGAAUAUCCGCUGGGCAACACAUUGAACGCGGCCUAUGUGGGGUCGGAUAAGGCGAACGACACAAGUGUCAGGACACUGGCUAGGCACUUCCAUGAAGCGAUUGGGUUGAAGAUUGACGCCGUAAACCAGCACAUCUACACAACAGAUUUAGGAGGCACCGUGUACAGGUUCAACAUUGAUGGAAGUGACAAGCGAAAGAUUUAUGAUACAGACAGUGUAUACACAGGGAUUGCAUUAGCCUACUUGGAUAACGAAUAGCUAGCCAACUGAAAAGUUAUUGUCGUCGUAGAUUGAAAGGCUUGUGUAUACAUUGUAUCAAAGUAAAAGAAUCAAUACCCAGGCAGAAUUGAAUAGAAAGUAAUACAACGCUGUGUAGUGACC